GCAUCUCUGGAUCCAGUUCUGUUCCUCUGGUCGCCCACCUUGCCAACUCGAUCACUCGACUCAGUGCUUCCCCGACCUGCGCUGUAUUCGUCACCAAGAAUCCCGUCGAAUCUGCUCCAUUGUUGAGCUUCUGAAAGCUGCGUCCAGCUCCACUGCCGCCUCCGCUUUCAGGCUUCAUCAGUCCACUGCUCUUCAGUUGUUUACCCGGCAGCGAACCAAUUGGCGCGCCGUCGCCAGCUCCAGCUUGAUCAUGGGCGAUUCCCAUACCCAAAGCUCCAGCAAUGGCCCCGACUCACGAAUGAGGCGGAAUACCGCGACAUCCUCCGUUCCCUCCUCCGGAAUUACCAGCAGCAGCAGCGCAGCUCUCCCACCUCAGCGGAGGACUGUCAAACGCGAGAAGUCUGGCAACCCCAAGAAUAUGAAUGGUCCCCUCUACAUGCAGCGCAACGAAAACAUCGUUCUUGUUCGUCGCGUCAAGAGGAAGGGAGAGGGCCCUCUGAAACAGCUGACGCGCUGGUUCGUUGAGAAUCAGAUCGGCUUCGCUUUCAACCUCCUUGCCCUCCUCUUCCUCGCCCAUGGAUGUAUGCCUCGCGCCCGCUCCCACACCGGAAAGUACUUCACGCUCUCGUACUACAACCCAACGACCGGACAAUACGGCCUCGGCAAGGAUGACGGCUUCCUCAUCUUCUUCUGCAUCAUUCUCUUUACCGGCCUCCGCGCCGCCACGCUGGAAUACUUGUUCGCGCCGUACGCAAAGUCCAAGGGCAUUUCCAAGAGGAAGGACAUCACCAGGUUUAGCGAACAGGCUUGGCUCCUGAUCUACUACAGCGUCUUCUGGACUCUCGGUCUCUACAUCUAUUGGCAAUCACCGCACUUCUUCAACCUCCGAGAGCUCUGGACGAACUGGCCCAACCGCGAGCUCACCGGGAUUAUGAAGGGAUACAUGCUUGCCCAGCUUGCAUUUUGGCUGCAGCAAAUUUUGGUCAUCAACAUUGAGGAGCGCAGAAAGGACCAUUGGCAGAUGUUUACGCAUCACAUCAUCACCAUCUGCCUCAUCUACGCCUCUUACAGAUACGGCCACACCCGCGUGGGCAACCUUAUCCUUGUGCUGAUGGACGUUGUAGAUUUGUUCCUUCCGCUCGCCAAGUGCCUCAAAUACCUCGGCCACUCCAGCGCCUGCGACUUCAUGUUCGUAGUCUUCAUGGUUUCCUGGUUCGUCGCCCGCCAUGUUUUGUAUCUGACGGUCUGCUACUCCGUCUACGCCCACACGACCUCCGUCAUACCGUACGGCUGCUUCUCCGGUACUCCCGGAAACCUGAAGGGUCCCUUCCAGCCGCCCGCUGACAAAGGCGCUCUCUACCUGCUCGAGCCGCUCUGGAACCCCGACGGACUGGUGUGCUAUGAUGACACGGUCAAGUGGACCUUCCUCUCGAUGCUGCUCUUCUUGCAGGCGUUGACCAUCAUGUGGUUUUCACUCAUCAUCCGCGUGGCUCUACGCGUGCUCAGGGGCGAAGGAGCUGAUGAUACGCGCAGUGAUGACGAAGGUUGUGAGGAUGUUGAUGCAGAGGAUGACGAGGAUGAAACUGAGUUUGUUUACGAGGAGGCUCAAGCGCUGGCGGAGGAGGUGGGUGUUGAUGAGCUUGACCUCAAGAACUGGGCGGAGAGAAGACGUGCCGGUCACGGCGUCGGCGGAGUGACUGCCACGGGCGUGAGUCUGCCUGGUCAUAGUGAUCGGAAGGAACUGCUCGGACGGAUUGGGUGUGAGAAGCAGGUUGAGUAAAGAGGCUCCGCGUGAAAAACAAGAUAGGAUAUGGUACAUGUCGAUGUCACCGUAGUCGUCGUGUCAUCCUCGUCGUCGAACGUUCCUAGAUGGAACGUCCGGGUAGUGGAGUGGCCGACUUCAUUCUCUCUUGGUCGUUACGCAUCGGAUAAGGGAAGGACAGACCCUUGUUGGAAGCACGAGAAGAAAGAAAGGGUUCUCUUUAUCCAUAUGUACUACAAUUACCUGAAAAGACCCUAAGCGCCUACCUAGAAAAGCUUCUUUGUUUUCUUUUUCUUUUUGUUUUGGGACCAUAGAACGGGCACCUUUGGGCAGUUGGGCAAUCGGGAUAAGAAGAGGAAUUAUAUGAAAUGGUUACUUCAUGAUAUAACUGAUGGUUCGGGCCUAUGGGACUAUGAGAUGAGGAAAGGGAAAAAGAGAAAAAAAGGUUCGAGGGUAACUUUAUAGAGCAGAGGAGUAGGAUGCGGGCAGGCGUUCAGGGUCGAAGUGAAACUUGUUUAUGAAGCAUCAUCCCUUGCGAAU